UCGACGUGUACAUGGGUACAGCGUAUGUGCAAUUCUUAAAAACGCGCCAAGCAGGGGGCGAUUCCGCACUUUCACCCGCACAUUACUCGAUUUUUAAUGCUAAUUUAGCAAUAUAACAGAACCAAAUUAGCAGUCAGAUACCAAACGAAUAUAAACACGUCUUAAUCCCGCUUUUUUCCAUAUAUUGUCCUUUUCUUCUUAGCGCCUAUUCCUCACAUGAUAUUUAGUUCCGUUGGCAUGAUGAAAUGUCAGCGAAGUUGGCGCAAUCAAGGCUGUUCUCCGGAGAAUAUCCGAGUAUCAUUUAAUUUUUUUUAAAGCUUUUUGUUUUCCUUUGGCAAUAAGGGCCCAGCGUUUCCGAUAAUCGGUAAUGUUUACGUAUGCAGUGAAUAAUGAGUGCGCCUGGCAACUUAAUAUCAAGUUUUUUUUUUUCCUUUUUCUUGUGCACCAUACUGUUUCGAAAAUCGUGUCUGCUGAAAUAUGGAAUUUAUUAGAAUUUUUAGAAAAUUAAAACUUUAUGUAAUCGCAAUGUAACAUAUGUAAAAACUCGUAUUUAAGCAUGGCUUUACAAUCGAGUAGGAAAUCAUGUGUGUGUGAAAUAAAUUUUUAAUGAAAUCUUACUGAAAGUGGGUGCAAGUUUAUAUCAAACAGCCGAUACUAUGCAUGUGCAGUAUGUGCUAAUAUUUUUAUAAAAAUAAUUACGUGUGUUUAAGCAAGAUAUCAAAGCUAGUGUGAAGCAGCCAAAAACUAUUCUUGAGUUUACAAAAGUAAAAUUGUUGUUAACUCAAUCCUUCUAUAUCCAUGCGGAAUGUGAAUAUUGUCUCUUAUGCAUCAAGGUAUAUGAUAUCGCCGUAAUCAGUAUACAAUUCUCUGUAUAGGAAGGAAAGUCCAUACCUAGAAGGUAUUAAUUGAAUCAUUUGAGAAAAACACUUUUAAACGAUACAGGUAUAUCCAUAGAGGACAGAAACCUCAUGUGUGAAGUACAUAAUCAGUCAUUUAAACUAAAUGACACUUUCAAUGAGCAAAUGUUUAUUCACACGCAAGAGAAACCUCAUGUAUGUGAGGUAUGUAGCAAGUCAUUCAGACAAAAGUGCGAUUUAAACAAACAUAUGCUUAUUCACACAAGAGAGAAACGUCAUGUGUGUGAUGUAUGUAACAAGUCAUUCAGCCGAAAAGAUCAUUUAAAUGAGCAUAAGCGUAUUCACACAAGAGAGAAACCUCAUGUAUGUGAGCUAUGUAACAAAUCAUUCAAACGAAAGUAUGAUUUAUUUGAGCAUACGUUUAUUCACACAGGAGAGAAACCUCAUGUGUGUGAGGUGUGUAAUAAAUCCUUCAGACAAAAGCGAGAUUUAAACAAGCAUGUGCUUAUUCACACAGAAGAGAAACCUCAUGUUUGUGUGGUGUGUAACAAAUCAUUCAGAGUAAAGAGUCAUUUAAAUAAGCAUAUGCUUAUUCACACAGGUGAGAAACCUCAUGUGUGUGAGAUAUGUAGUAAAUCGUUCACACAAAAGGAUCAUUUAAACGACCAUAUACUUGGUCACACAAGAGAAAAACCUAACAUAUGUGAGGUAUGUAACAAAUCAUUCAGACGAAAGUAUGAUUUAAAUGAGCAUAUGCUUAUUCAUACAGGACAAAAACCUCAUGUGUGUGAGGUAUGUAACAUAUCAUUUAGAGUAAAACGUGACUUAAACAGGCAUGUGCUGAAUCACACAGGAAAGAAACUGUGAGAUAUAUGUGUAACAAUACUCUCUGACAAAAGAAGAAUUUGAAGGAACAUACCUAUUCAUUAUAGCUUGAGAGAAACAUUAUUAAGUAAUUUUACAUGUCUGUGCUAUCCCAUAAGAAGUUGUUCGAUAAAGUAAAGAAACCACAUAACAUGAAAUUUGCAACUUGUCCCCUUCAGCACACGCACAUCAUUGUGCUACGUUACUACAUGCAACAGGACAAGUUUUACCCCAGUAUUUGUUGUUCAGAGUCCUCCCCUCAACAUAUAAAUAAACACAUUUUCAUUUCUUUUUUUAA